GCGGGUUGGGAGGAAGUUGAUACCUGGGUCCUGGAGCAACCACCCGAGUCUGCGAGAGGCGAAGCCUCUGUCACUGCGGGAUUGAAGUUUGGCCCCGACAAGUGAAGCCGAAUGUCCUGCCCUGCUGCUCCUGCUGUCCUUGCUGCUGCUUCCUCUGGGCCUCCCAGUCUUGGGCGCCCCCCCACGCCUCAUCUGUGACAGCCGAGUCCUGGAGAGGUACAUCCUGGAGGCCCGGGAGGCCGAAAAUGUCACGAUGGGCUGUGCUGAAGGCUGCAACUUCAGUGAGAAUAUCACGGUCCCAGACACCAAGGUUAACUUCUACACCUGGAAGAGGAUGGAGGUUGAGCAGCAGGCCCUGGAAGUCUGGCAGGGCCUGGCCCUGCUCUCCGAAGCCAUCCUUCGGGGUCAGGCCCUGUUGGCCAACUCGUCCCAGCCAUCUGAGACCCUGCAGCUGCAUGUGGACAAAGCCAUCAGCAGCCUGCGCAGCCUCACCUCCCUGUUUCGGGCACUGGGAGCCCAGAAAGAAGCCGUUUCCCCUCCAGACACAACGGCCUCUGCCGAGCCACUCCGAACAUUCACUGUUGAUACUUUGUGCAAACUUUUCCGAAUCUACUCCAAUUUUCUUCGGGGAAAGCUGAAGCUGUACACAGGGGAAGCCUGCAGGAGAAGGGACAGGUGACCAGAUGCUCCCACCCCAGGCACGUCCACCACCUCGCUCACCACUGCUGCCCACACCACGCCUUCCACAGCACGACUCCCGACCCCCAUAAAGGGGCUAUCAGCUCAGCACCAGCCUGUCCCAUGGACACUCCAGGGCCAGUGGUGACAUCUUAGGGGCCAGAGGAACUGUCCAGAGCUCAGCUCAGAUCUGAGGAUGUCACAGGGCCAGUCUGAGGCCCUGAAGCAGGAAGAAUUCAGAGAUCAGCUUAAACUUAGGAUGGUGCCAUGUUGGAGAGACACCGAACUCAUCUUGGUGCCCUGCAGAACUGUGAUGUCAGGACAAGCCGGAAGGCAAAUACCUCUUCCUGCACCUACCCAGCAGGGAUAGGAUGGACUGGAGGAUUUAGGUGGCAAACCAUGAAUUCUCUAGGCCUCAGGGGGACUCCAUGACAGCAAGAGCUCCCUGGACAACAAAGGUGGUGGGAGCCGUGAAG